AUGGAUUGCGGACCUACCGUAGGUUCUGGCGCUGCCGGUGUAGAUGAUAUGUCAGAUGGAGAGACUCGUGACGAAGAAGAAGAGGGUAUUGAAGAGUUCAGUGAAUCAGAGAUAAGGAAUCCAGACGUCAAGGAUUCCAAUCGCAUUUUAUUUGUGCAUGGAUUUGGCUAUGCAUGUGUGCUACCUCCAAGCAAGGGUAAUACACAGAUGAAGGUAAGAAGCGCCCUGGACUAUAUUGCACAUACGUUUCCAGGGGAUUUCACCUUACCACCGUUUGCAAAUGUGGACGUGAACUAUUUGACCGAGUUGAUCUACUGUGGAUACCUGCCCAUGAUGCACGUGAUCAUGAAUCAGGAAUGGAUGACACCGAAGAUACAUAGAAACAG